UUAACCGAGCGCUCCGCCUUGAGAGGAUGGCUUCCCCGAGCGCCGUGCCCGUAUACUACGAGCAAACGCCCGAGCUAACACUGUGAAUCCUCUCAGACUGUGUCCGGAUAGGGCGGAGGAACGAGUCGUCGCCGGCUGGGGGUCAGGUUGACUCCGAUCUGGGCCGCACCUCAGCUCGGUUCAGGUGAAGCCAAGUUCGCCGACGCAGCAAAAACAAAAGCAGAGGCCCUGCGCUAGUGCGCCAAGGCGAUGUGACGACAGGCCAGCCUCCCCCUUUUUUCCCCCCAGCAAUUUAAUUUUUAAAGAAAAGAGCAGCGAGGGCGGUCGGCACAGCUGUGCCUCGGCCCGUCCUUCGCGGAGCUGAUUCGUGCUCAUUGUCGCCCAUAACCCAACCUCCUUCCCCGACUCUGGUGCUCCAUCGAGCGGCCACAGCUACUUCUGCAACCCCGCCCACUCCCCCGUCUCUGUCUAAUAAGGAAGAAGCUUGCGUCUGUGUGUGUGCAGUAGUAGCACUAGAAGCAGAAGCGGAGAUUGCGCUUUUCAGUCGUCUUUCUUCGAUUGACCUGUGCUCUGGCCCAUUGACUGCCACGCUGUCGGAGCCCCGUUGAAUUACUGUUAAAAACAAAGAUCUUGCGGGCAAAAGAAGCAAACAUUCCGAAUCGAGGGAGAGAGAAAGGUUCCUGCGCCCUUUUUUUUCCCAGAUGAACUCAACCAGUAUUUACGCCAGCCGCAAGCGGCGAAAGCCAGUUCAGAAGAGCGUAAAAUCCUUGGCACCUGAAGGAGCAAAGUCAAAUCCAUCCAAAAGGCAUCGCGACCGACUGAAUGCAGAGCUAGAACGUCUAGCCAACCUCCUGCCUUUCCCACAGGAUGUUGUAUCGAAAUUGGACAAGCUCUCUGUUCUCCGGCUCAGUGUCAGUUAUCUCCGAGCUAAAAGUUUCUUUAAUGUUACAUUGAAAUCUAAUGGGAAUGGUAUCCAUGAAAAUUGUGUACAACCUCAACCAAGUGAGCAUCUUCAAGAAGGAGAACUUCUGCUGCAAGCUCUCAAUGGAUUUGUGCUGGUAGUAACAGCUGAAGGCUUAAUUUUUUAUACAUCUUCUACCAUUCAGGACUAUCUAGGAUUUCACCAGUCUGAUAUCAUCCAUCAAAGUGUAUUUGAAUUGAUCCAUACUGAAGAUAGAGGUGAAUUUCGACGACAACUUCAUUGGGCUCUGAACCCAGAAUCAAAUGUUGAAUUGGGCAAAGUGCAUCCAGGUGAAAAUGGACUUCCAAUGCCCAUGAGCCAUUAUAGUCCCGAGCAGCUUCCCCCAGAAAAGUCGCCUUUUUUGGAAAGAAACUUUGUAUGCAGGUUAAGAUGUCUCCUGGAUAAUUCCUCUGGAUUUCUGGCUAUGAAUUUUCAAGGUAGACUCAAGUUUCUUUAUGAACAGAAUAUGAAGGGAAAAGAUGGCUCAAUUAUCCCCCCACAGUUGGCCUUGUUUGCAAUAGCAACCCCUCUGCAGCCUCCAUCCAUUUUGGAGAUCCGAACCAAAAAUUUAAUUUUCAGGACUAAACACAAAUUAGACUUCACACCAAUGGGCUGUGAUGUUAAAGGGAAGAUAGUCCUGGGUUACACAGAUGCUGAAUUAUGCAUGCGGGGAUCUGGCUAUCAGUUUAUUCAUGCAGCUGACAUGAUGUACUGCGCAGAAAACCACGUCCGAAUGAUGAAGACAGGGGAAAGUGGAAUGACUGUUUUCAGGCUUUUGACCAAAGAGAAUAGGUGGACUUGGGUGCAAGCAAGUGCACGACUGGGAUACAAAAAUGGAAAGCCGGAUUAUAUUAUAGCCACACAAAGACCUCUCACCGAUGAGGAAGGGGAAGAGAAUUUGCAAAAACGAACUCUGCAAUUGCCUUUUAAUUUUGCAACAGGAGAAGCAUUACUAUAUGAAGGAAACUGUACAAUGCUUGGAUUAACAAAUCCUACAAAUAGUCAGGUCACUCACACAACAGAGACAGAAACAUUCAGAAAGCUGGAAUCAGUAGAUCCAAGCUCCCUUCUUGGUGUCAUGUUAGGCCAAGAUAGAUCACUGUAUGUACCUGAUCCUUCACAACAUCAAAAAUGUGGUCUUGAGAAUGCCUUUUUUAAUGAGAGUAAAGAUACAGAAUUAAGUGAUGCAUAUCUAUGUGGUUGGGAAGAACUUCUGUUCAGUGAAGAUAACAGUAUUAGGAACAUCGACUGCACUCAGCAGCAAAAGACAUUCCCUGCUCCUGAAAAUAAUAUUGAUAUUUUGGCAAAUAACAUUAGCAGUGAACUUUAUAACACUAUGAAAGACCUUGAUAUAAAAUUAGAAGACUUUGAUCUCAUAUGCCAGGAUGAGACAUUCCUGAGGGUUCAUUGGGAUGAGGCUGGAGACAUUAAUAACAUUACACUGAAUGAUGAAAUUCUAAGUUAUGUUCAGGAAUCACUGAAGAAGAGAUCAGACUGCAUGUUUUCAAGCUGUUUGUCAGAGAAACCAUUUGAUUCGAACUUAGGUUGCAAGAUGCAGCAACAACCUCAGUCACAACACUUGCAACAACAGCAGCAACCCCAAUUUCCAACACAUAUGCAGCAACAGCAGCCACUACCAGUGCAACACCUACAAUGGACACUUCCAGUGCAGCAACAACUGCCGCUACCAGUGGAACACCUGCAACAGCCACUUCCAGUGCAGCAGCAACAGCAGCCAUUACCAGUGCAACAUCUGCAACAGCCACUACCAAUGCAACAUCUGCAACAGCCACUUCCAGUGCAGCACCUGCAGCAGAAACAGCAGCCACCAUCAGUGCCACACCUGCAGCAGCCACUUCCAGUGCAGCACCUGCAACAACAACAGCAGCAGCCACUUCCGGUGCAGCACCUGCAACAACAACAACAGCAGCCACUUCCGGUGCAGCACCUGCAACAACAGCAGCCACUUCCGGUGCAGCACCUGCAGCAACAACAACAACAGCAGCCACUUCCGGUGCAGCACCUGCAACAACAACAGCAGCCACUUCCGGUGCAGCACCUGCAACAACAGCAGCAGCCACUUCCGGUGCAGCACCUGCAACAACAGCAGCCACUUCCGGUGCAGCACCUGCAGCAACAACAACAACAACAGCCACUUCCGGUGCAGCACCUGCAACAACAACAACAGCAGCCACUUCCGGUGCAGCACCUGCAACAACAGCAGCCACUUCCGGUGCAGCACCUGCAACAACAACAGCAGCAGCCACUUCCGGUGCAGCACCUGCAACAACAGCAGCCACUUCCGGUGCAGCACCUGCAACAACAGCAGCCACUUCCAUGGCAAAGCUUGCAACAUCCCCAGCAACCUUCGUUUCAGCACUUGCAACAGAAGCAGCCACAACAACAAGCGACCCAACAUUUGUUGCAGCAGCACCCUCCAAUCCAACAAUAUGUGCAGCAGCCACUUUUGUCACAACAUUACCAACAAGAGCGAAAGCAAGCUCAAAUGCAGCAUUAUCAGCAUCAGCAGCAACUGUGCCAGAAGAUGAAGCUCAUGAAAGUCAAUGGCCUUCUCUCAAACUGGAACCCUGGCAGUGAAAGUCUUGUUAAUAAUCAGGGAAAGCAGUUUGGGUUAUCUGGUUCAGACAGCACUUCAUCAGGGUUCCAAUACAAACCUGAGCUUAACGUUACCACCUCAGCAUGUCCACAAGCCAUUGCGUACCAUCGGAGAGCUGCUGAGUUAAACCAACGUUCUGACUUCAGCCAAACAGAUGUGCCGGUUGAUGGGUUUCACAUACAGAACAGUAAUGCGGAAAAUGGCCUGGAAGACUACCUGGAUUGCAUAGAGCAGCAUUCAAGGAAACAAGACUGUGGUGCUGUAAACCCGUCAAUGGAUUUAAUUACGUCACAGGCAUGUUACACAGGUGCCAUGUCAAUGAUUCCCUGUCUAACAGAAAGUGAUUUGUCCUGUAUAGAUACAAUGCAAUUCAAUCAAACGGAUUCAGGCCAACAGCAAUUUUUACCCAAGAUCCAAACAGGAUGCAAUGAUGGAAACAGGAAUGAAGUUUAUCCAAGUAUAUUUGGUAACAGAAAUUACACACACACAUCUCUCCAGGCACCACAUGAUCAUCUGAGAGAUCCUGGAUCUUACUCAAAUCAACCAUCUAGUGACUUUAUAUAGGCAACCAUGGAAAUUUCUGUCCAGUGACAAGUGCGGCAGUAUUUUUUGUGUUGCUUGCUGAAGGAACCGACAUUUGUAUGUAGAAUGUGAAUGAGCAAGAGACAGUACUGUACUGGAUCAUAUUAUGGGCUCUCUAGUCUUCAAGUACUAUGAUGACCUUUUUAGCUGGAUUUCCAGUCUGGUUCCCGCAUGUACUUUCGCUCCAAAAAUUCAUAUUGAAAGUGUCAAUAGGUUCUUUCACAUUGAAUGAGCUCAUUUGAAAUAGUUGGUUGGACUUGGAGAUGUGGUAUAAUUUUAAAAUAACCUACUUUUACAACAACUGUAGAAGCUGGUUAUUCCAGUAUGCUAAAAGUAAAAAGGUUGUGUUCAUGAAUUUGCCAGAUGUACUUUUGCCAAAUGGAUUUGGUCCUUCCAGGACUGUGCAUGUAAGAUCAGAUUAUGACAAUCAUUUUCCCUUUUCACCUGCCUGCUCAGGACUAUACACAUUGUAGCACUUCUUUAAAAAAAAAGUAGUAACACAAGGACAGGCUGCUGCAUGGAAAUGAAAGGGUAUUUUUUUACUUAUGUAGAGCAGUUGGCAGUAAAUCUAAAAGACAUUUGGGGUUUUUUUUGUCUUUAAUGAUACAAUCCUACAUAUUUGUGGUAAUUCCCAUACAUGGUGAUAGUGUUGUAGUAGAAGUUCGCAUCCCAAUGACUCCUAACAUUUGACACCAUUGAUGACUUUUUCAAAACUUGUGAGCCACCAACUGACAUGUUAUAACAGAAGGUUGAAGAAUCCUGGAGUAAUAAAGCAGCUGUGAAUGUUGGUGACAGAAAGGUACCCUGCAGAAACUGCAUAAGUGGAAUUCAGAAUAGGGAGCACUGAAAUAGUUGAUAGGAAGACUCAGAUCAACAAUUAGGUUAAUUCGAAAUAGUAUCUGUGAAGAGUUUUUAAUCACUUUAUAACCUUCUUUUGAAAAACUUGCAUACAAUUUGUGUUGCAUAUUUCAUUUGGAACUAAGUUAGUUCCGUUCCACAAAAAUGAUUGAGUUAUGAUAAAUUGUUCAAAAUUUCAGCAAAUAUUUAAUAUUUGGGAUUAUCACUGAAUACAGGGAGCAGCUAUGGAAGCAUUUUCUCCCAAUCCCAUUUACGUAAGAGGCACUAAUAUAAAUUCCAAUAAUAGUAUCAAUAUUUUUCCCGUUAAGCACGUGUCAUUACAAUUACUGAUAUUUCCACAAAUUAUCAUGUGAAAAAAAUAUCAAAUAACAAAUUACCUUCCAGGAAUUGUAUUACACAGCGAGAUCUCUUAUCAAUUACUGGAAAGUCUGUACCUGAUCCUAGGAACCAUGAUAUAGUCGUGUUUAUUUAAUUUAUAGAAAACAUAAUCUAUGCAGCUACCUGGUUUGUAAUCAGGUAGUGUUGCAGGUUUUGACAUGUGGUUAGCUCUGGCACAUGUGGCAUGCAUGCAACGUGUAGCAAGACAGUAUUGAGGAUUAUUGCAUGGGAUUCCCCAUUAUUAUUUGUACUUAAAUGAUAUAGUUAGUAUGUUCUUCCAUGAGUACCAAGCCUUAGUUAUUACUAACUAUCCUUUGUAUAUUGCACUCUUUUAGGGAAUAAAACAUUUAAAGUAAAGGCUCUUAUCGAUUCAGUGCAAAAUUACGAAGAACUACAAUACAAUUUUGCUUUAGUUAUUAGAAGCUAUCAUGUACAGUUUAUCAAAAAUAUACUUUUCAAAUGCAAUUACUUUAUUGGACAGAUUUUAUAGACUUAAAAUAGUAAUGCAAAUGUAUCUCUUUUGAUAAUUACUAAUUUUUUUACAUUUAAAUUUACUGUGUGCAUUAUGUAACAUUUUCUGAACAAAAUGGUCCUGGUGAAGAUAAUUUUAUUAAGAAGCAUUUAUUACAUUUUUAAAUUCUGCUAGUUGCAAAUGCAAAAACCAAAAGACAGUAAUAUGCAAAGUUAAUGGUGCUGUUUUUUAAACUAUUCCCCCCAUUUCAACUCUCACUGUUUAAAAAGAUAUCUUGGGAUGGAUGUCACAUGAACUUAGUUUGCCUGUUGCUUAACAGGGGACCCAAUAUGUGUAUACUGCAGUCUAGAAGCAUUUAUAAUCCAUCAAGCACAACUAAGACUUCCAUGGAACACAUCAUUUGAAAAUCAGAUUUGGAAGAACAAAAAGGCUCUGAAAUAGAAACUCAUUCAAAUACAACUCUUCCACCUCCCUUAAGGAUUACACUGGUUACAUACACACAUGCUUUGGAAUCUGUUGCAGAAGGUCAUGAUUCUAUGAACACUUAACGUGUUUGCUUAGAGUUGUAUUAUUUAUCCCCAGUAAAGCAAUAUGUUCAACAGUUCCAUUACACUUCUAAACCAUAGCAGCACAUGCAAACUGCUGGAGGAACUCAGCAGGCCAGGCCAGGCCAGGCAGCACCUAUGAAAAAGAGCAAACAGUCGAUGUUUCGGGCCGAGACCCUUCAUCAGGACUGAGAAUAGGGCUUCUAAAACUUUAAUAAUUUAUCAGCUCUGUGUCUUAAGCAUCAGAAACAAAAUGCUGGAGGAACUCAGUCCUGAUUAAUGGUCCCAGGCCGAAGCAUUGACAGUUUAUUCCCCUCCAUAGAUGCUGACUGACUUAUUGAAUUCCUCCAGCAGUUUGUGUGUGUUGCUCAAGAUUAACAGUAUCUGCAGAACCUCUUGUGUCUGUCUUAGGCCUCUCCUUUUGUGUGAAACCGUAUUAGGUGCCCAUGUAGUAUAAACAUUCCAUUAAUUUUCAAACCUAAACCAAUAAUGCUGGCUUAUCACAUUGAAGGGUAUCUGCCAUACUUCAGAUUAUUUAGUUAUGAUUAAUUAUCAAUUCCCAACACCUUUGCAUAUUUGUAUACAGUACUGUGCCAUCUGGAACUUGUUACAGGUGAUAAGCAGCAACAGUGCUAAUUCAGAAAUCUUCAGAUUAUGCAGGUGACCCAACUCCACAGAUUUAAUUUUAGCAAAGACAAUCCUCCACUCACAAAACUGCAAUGGCAAGUUCCAUGUCGAUUAUGUUAAUUAUCUCUUAAAAUUCUGUUUAAAAAUUGUUAUUGACAAAACUUAUUGCCUAGGACAUUACCAGUUUGGUUUCCAGAAGUAUGUCAAAUCUACUUCCUAUCAUCCUUGGCCAAUAUGUCUCAACUUAGACCCUUCCUUCGUCAUGUUAAUGCGGCAUAAUCUGUUUCCGAAAAGUAUGCUGUCAAACUCUUCAUGUGGUCGUAAUUUUUAACUUUAGUAAUGUAAUUUGAUCCUUUGCAAAUGUUUACUUUAUAAAUUCACUUGCUUUCUUUAGGUAUUACAACUACCACAGCCACCGUUUCAGUCCCCUAACAUGAAUCUGAAGCUUGUGAUUCCCAUGUUUCCUCCUUCCUUCAGAAUUAUGUCAAGUGGUAUAAGAUCUAGUAGCCUUCUUAGUGCCUUAAUCCCGUUAAUCCAUCCCUACAAUUACUUCCUCAUAUUCAAUUGCAUUUGGCAUGUUUGAUAGCUCUGUUCAAAUACUUGUAACUUCCAAUGUUUUGUGAUAGGCAAUUAAGGUCAAAACUAAAUAUUUGCAGAUGAUGGAAAUUUGAAAUUCUCGAACAAUUACCUUCACAAAGAGCGGCCCAGUUGAUUCUUGUAGGACAGAAGAUAAAAUAACUAUUUUCCGUGUCAUCUGCAAUGUCUAUUACCAGAUUAGCCUAAUUGUGUAUAAAGGGAACAACAUUUCCAUCAACACUAACAACUAUUAGUCGGAGCCUUUAUUGGAGAGAAUUCAAUUUAAGCACCUUCUUUCUUAAUCUGAAAAAUAGCAGCCAGAAGCAUCAAAUGCAUUUUUUUGAAAUGAAGUGCAGAAUUAAUUUCCAUUGCAAAUCCUGAAAAAAAAAUUUAAGAUGUUUGUGAACAUGAUGAGCUGAGUCUACAAACACUGUAUUAAGGGAUUAAAGGGAUAGCAUCAUUACUGUACUGUUUAUGAAAUACAGCUGUAUCAUAUUAUAGUCUUUUAAACCAAAUACAAACCACCAUCCCAUAUUAAGUGCCAAAUAUCCAGUAUGACUUAUGUACUGUCUUACAAGCAUUUUUAUUUGUUGUACUACAUACGUAGCUGCUUAUUAGUGUUUUGUCCUAUACAUUCAAUAGCAGCUGAGCCUAAUAAAAUGGUUUAUGCAAGACUAUGAUGACUGCACUAGCAGCUUAAAAAUUUGGAAGUAGUUUGGAUUCUGUCUAUCCUUUUAUGUUAAAAUGGUGUUUAAACAGUAUUACUGUACAUGUUUCUUGUAUAUUUUCUGUCACAAAUUGCCAUGUUCACACACAAACUGUACAAUGUUUCUCUUCAAAUAUGGUCUUCAGUGAAGUUUGUGAAACUUCAGUAUCGUAAUAAAAUUUCACUGAAUGUGAACUUGGUUGACUGUCAUUUUAAUCAAAUGAGUAAAGAAAGGCAAAGGGGGAAAUUAAAAUAUUUAAUAUUUUGAAGAAAUGCAUGGUUGAAUAGCCUUUGCACUGAUAACUAAAAAGACAAGCAACUGAUAGAUAGCUAAAGGUUCAUCUGACCCAUGGAAUGCUCUUCUGGAAGAAUGUGCGAAGAAAGCUCUAGGUUAAUAUAGUAUAUUUAAUAUUUCAGUAAUAUUUGGAUAAUAUUGUAAAUAUAUUGUUUGAUUAAGUAUUCUUUGUUUACAUAAUUCAUUAUGAGUUGUAUGUAAGAAGUACAUGAACGGCACACGUCGUUACGCAACCACGUCAUAUGUGAACGUCUCACUAAAGAAAAAGAAAGUAAAAUGAACUAGACCUCUGAUCCCCGUGUUCCCGUGUU